AUGACAUCUUCACUUAUACGAGGAAAACAUCUGUUGAGUCCUGCCUCUGGUGGCGGGACGACUGUCCUCUCUGACGGGGCGGUUUACCAGGAGGAUGGGAUCAUUGUAGCGGUUGGCUCCUACCAGUCCUUGCGUGCCAGGUAUCAGGCAGAUGAAGAGCUGGGCGGGCUGGAAUGCGCAAUAAUUCCCGGUCUCGUCAAUUCCCACCAUCACGGACGCGGGGUGACUACCCUCCAGAUGGGCACCUGCGACGACGCCUUAGAACUCUGGAUUCUGGACGGAUGGGGCAGGCGACCCUACGACCACUACCUUAUGACCCUCUACACCGCGCUGAACAUGCUGGAGUCCGGCACCACCACGGUAAUGUACAACCAUCCGCAGACUGCCACUGCAACCCUCCGCGAGGACGCGGACGCAGUCUUGCGGGGGUUUCUUGAUGCCGGUAUGCGGGUGGCCUUUUCCAGCUAUUUCCGGAACCAGAACCGGGUAGUUUAUGCCGCGGACGGCGAUUUCCUGUCAGGCUUGCCGUCAGACCUGGCAGACAGAGUAUAUCGGCACCUGGCCGCCACCGACAUGACAGACGAUGAAUAUUUCGCUUUUUUCAGGGAAAUGUAUGAUCGUUACAAUGAGGACUCUACCGGAAAAGUGAAGGUCUUGCUGAGCCCCAGCAACGUGCAGUGGAACACGGACGAGUUUCUGCAGCGUACCAGGGAGACAGCGGUCCAGUAUGGUACGCCAAUUCAUAUGCACCUGGUGGAGAGCAGCUACCAGAAGGCGUACGGCAUCCGUACCUGGGGCAAAACGCCGGUAGAACACCUGCAGGACCUGGAGUUCCUGGGGCCGGAGCUAUCGUGCGCCCAUGCAGUAUGGCUGAGCGAACGAGACAUAGACCUGUUGGCAGGCGCCGGAGCAACGGUGUGUCAUAACGCCAGCUCAAACCUGCGACUGAAAAACGGGAUAGCGCCGGUAAAUCCCAUGCUGGCCCGCGGACUUAACGUGGCUAUGGGCACCGACAGUACAGCAAUAAACGACGACGACGAUCUGUUGCAGGAAAUGCGGUUGGUUAGCAAGCUGCACCGGCAGCCGGGCAUCGGAGCUCCGGCAAUCGCAGCAGAGCAGGUGCUGGCCAUGGCUACGGCAAACGCGGCGGCGCCCACUGGGUUUGCCGGUGAGAUAGGGGUGCUGGAGCCAGGACGUAAAGCGGACAUGUUGCUGAUUCGGUUGUCGGAUAUGGAAGCCCCUUACCUGGACCAGGAUUUGCCACCUUUGGAGGCAGUGCUGGGACGAGCCCGAGCCCAGGACAUUGACACGGUAAUAGUAAAUGGCGAAGCGCUGCUGAAGAACGGAAACCAUCAGCGAGUAAACAAGGACGACAUAAAGAGGGAGCUGCGGGAUCAGUUAGCUCGUCCGUUGGAACCACAAACGCUGGAGACGCGGAGGAUGGCAGCAAGGCUAAGGCCCUAUGCGGAGGAAUUCUACCGAAGCUGGGAAGCCGAGGGUGGGGCGCCUCCCGCGGGCGCACCCCACUACGUUUACAACAGCCGGACGUGA